AUGUCAACAUUAGAAUCAGAAUCAACAGCAAUGAAUGCAUUGAAAGUCCCGCAGGCCGCACUGGUGAGUCCUAUCACUCAAUCAGCGCCAAAACGAUCAAACAAGAUAAAUAAACACCAUGCCCAAUUUCACGAGAACACAACCGAACUUUCGAAAACUCUCAACUACCCUAACAUAGUGAAAAACUAUGAGGAAGUUGCAAUCGUGGAAUGGGCUUUGGCAAACUGCAAGGAAAUCGACUUCCGGGCUAUCCGUCGCCAGGUCUACGGUGGACAGAAGAUUCUCUUUAACGAUCUGAAGCGUGGUGAUAUCGUCAUACUAUGCACCUCUCACAGUGUUUAUGGGCAAAGCUCAAGACGAUAUCUGUACUGGGGCAAGACAUCUGUCGAUAGUGACCAACGCCUUGUUUUCUUGACAUUGGUAACUUGCGAAGGGAACGGCGUGGAGAAAUCACUCUAUUGGUUUCUGAAACAUGUGAGUUACAAGUUUCAAUCCGGGCGACGUGUGGCAUCCAAAGCCUUUGUCAGUUGGACGCAAGCCGUUGUUGUGAAGCCCAAACAUGACUACAUUGUCGGUAUUCGAGAGCGACUUGGGGCGACAAGCAGAGACCUCAAUGGCCUUGUCAAGUUUAUGGAACAUUCAUUGAACUCCCAUGCUGAACUCAUCAGCUAUCUUUCUACUCUCAAUCACACGACUACGAGCUAUCCAGACGCGCAAAAGAGGGGUGAUACUUACUGCAAGAUCAGAGAUAGCCUGAGAACUCUCACAAGCAAGGUCUGCACUGAACCAUGUGGUGUCCGAGCCCUCCAAGGUGAGCUUGGCAAAUACCCCAAGGAUGAGAAGUGGUGCACUAAGUAUUUUCCAGUCGAUUCGGGAUCGCAAGGUUUCAAACCCAACAGUCGUAAGUGCCAGCCACCUAAGGAUUUCUGUGAGCUCAUGACAGGACAAGUCGCGCGUUUCUGCGCAAGCAAUCACAAGAUGAUUGGAAACUAG